AUGUUGCGUGUCUGCAUUCUUGAUGUUUCGGAUCAUAAACAAUUGUUUGAAGAUGAAUUAUUUCAGAAAUUCAUGUUUCAAGAGUCUUUCUCUCAGUGUGCUUCGUUCCAUGUCGCACAAAACAAGUGGCCUGUUGCUUCCGAAGAUGUUGCUCAUGAAAAUUCUCCUAAUAAUUCGAUCAUUCGCUAUUUAUUAAAACAUUUUGAUGCAGUUCUCAUCACAGGAAGUGAAGAUUGUUGCAUGGAUGAUUCGUUAUGUUACAUCAAACAAUUAUGUGAUUUAAUAAGAGAUUUAGUGGAUAUUAAUUUUCCAGUUUUUGGAAUUUGUUUUGGUGCUCAAGCGAUUAUUCGAGCCUUGUUUGGAAAACAAAGUGUUGCUCAUUUGAAAGAUCUUGGCAAGGAGCCAGAAUUUGGAUGCAUUGCAUUAGAGUUGACGAAAGAAGGAAAGGAAUGUGGUUUAUUUGAUGGAAUUGAACACGUUCGAGAAGGAGUUGCUUUUUAUUCAUCAUCCUCUCAUUCAGAUGCAUUUCUAUUGAACAAUGAUCAAGUCGAAAGAAUCAUCCAGUCUCGCCAUUGGGAAAAUCAAGGUUAUCGUAUUAAGGGCAAGAUGUGUUAUGGGCUUCAAUUUCAUCCAGAGAUGGACACUCAUGCUUCGAAUGCAAUAUUUAACAGCGUCACAACAGUACCUAUCAAGUAUGAUGACCAUGUACAUGAGCUAGAUAUGAGUGUUGGAGUGAAAAUUGCAAAAAACUUUGCUUACAUGGUUUUGCAUAAAAAGAAUAAUAAUUAA